CUCAAGUCUCACUCACUCUACACACGCACACAGAAAAAUCCAGAAUCUGACUAUUUAUCCUCCUUCCUUCUUAUUUCCAAUCCUCCCUAAUCAUGGCAUCCUCGUCAUCCACGGGCCAGCUCUCGCCACUAAGUGCGCAGAAGCGCUUCAUCACCACGCACGACUCGGAAGCCAAGGCCGUCGUGCAGUCCGCAGACGCCUUCCAGUGGCAAGCCCUCGACGGCGACAAGAUGGCCUUCAGCGUCGUCUACACAACCUCCCAAUUCCCCGCCGACCUGAACAACGAGGCCGACAUCACCGCCCACAACGCCGUCAUGAAAAAGGGCCCCGGCCUCGUCAACCCGGGCGGGACGGUCAUCCGCUGCGUCGACUUCGCUCCGGGGUACCGCUGCGGCAUGCACCGGACGCAGAGUCUAGAUUAUGGGAUCGUGCUAGAUGGGGACAUUGAUAUGCUUUUGGACUCGGGCGAGGUGCACCACAUGAAGGCGGGCGAUGUCGCUGUGCAGAGGGCCACCAACCACCAGUGGCUGAACGCCUCGGACACGAAAUGGGCGCGCAUGAUGUUUGUGCUGCAGGACUGCCAGGCGCUCGAGGUGGGAGGCAAGACGCUUUCAGAGGACCUGGGAAAGGAUUUGAAUUUUCUUCCGCCCAGCCGCCAGUAGCUUGUGAGACUGUUCACUCAUUGCUAUGAAGAGAGGGCUGGGUAACUUCAGCAUCGUUUGCUCAUCAGAACUUGACAGGACACUGGUGCAAGUCUUACGAAGUUUAAGUAUGUUUUCAGGUCUGAUGAGCACUGCUCGUCAUUUGAUGUGGUUCAUCUGGUGAACUAUCAAGAAGGACACAAUCUGGACUACUAGAAAUCAGCCAGUCUGUUUUCAAAGGGCGCUUGCUCUGAGAGGGACUUAGGAAGCGGAGUAAUUAAUUGUGCUCGUGCAACUCGCUAUCUUAGGAGGUCAUAUUCC